CGCCUACAUACAAGCUAAAGUAAUUAUAUAUAUACCUAUGAAGCCGAAGAUGGGGAGCAUAAGUUCGAUAAACGUCAACCUGUUCUUGUUGCUAUCUCUCACCAUGACUCACUCUUCCCUUGCGUUCGUUAUUGAUCGUAACACCUACGUACCACGUCCACAUUGUCAACAACCUCAGUCGUGACCUCCUCACCCUCUCCUAAAAUGAGAAGCUCCAAACCUUUAAACCUUCUUCUACUUGUCCUAACAAUAUUAGUCAUAGGCCUUCCAUGCUUCAUCGUCGCCACAACGAAGGAGUGGAUGCCACCGGAAUUAACAAAAUGGCGCGUCGAAAUUGUCAAUGGAUUGAGAAAUAAUGCAGCAUUAUUUGUCCAUUGCAAGUCGAAGGAAAAUGAUUUGGGCAUCCACAAUCUGACCGCUGUUAGGAACUUCACUUGGAGUUUCAGAGAAAAUUUCUUCCACAGAACGCUGUUUUGGUGCUACCUUCGCAAGGGCGAUGCCCAUGCCAACUUCAACGUGUUCUGGCAUGAUGUGUUGCUCUUUUACAAGUGUGGGUGGAAGAGUUGCGUUUGGACUGCUAAGGAUGAUGGGAUUUACCUAAAAGAUUUCAUAAAAGACUCGGAGGAGCUUUGUGAAAAAUGGAAGCCAGGGUCGUGAAGAUAAAGAAUUUCAUUAUAUAAUAUGAAAUUCAUGUUUUUCAAUUCAGAUUAUACAUUAAAAUGCAAUCUGAAUGCUUGAAAUUAUUAAAUUAUGUAUCAUUAAUAAAUAUAAAUAAGAAAU